AUGGUGGACAACGAUAAUAACACACUAGCGAGCGGUAUCAUCCCGUCAAAACCGGACCACCGACCACUCGAACGGCCAAGUUGCGAAGUUUGCGCUAAAAUACUUGCUUUCUACGUUGAACCUUGUGAACACGCGAUCGAUAUCGAUCUGGGAAAAGUCCAAAUUUUGUUAGAGGGAGAUUGCCCACAUGCACUGUACUUCAAGAAUGUCAAAUAUAUGUACGGUCCUGUUCCUGAUUACGAAAAUCUGGAUCUGAGUCUUCACAAAUAUAACAACGAAACGGGUAUCUUCUUCGGAGUCGCCUACUCCACAUCAGACAAACGCACGUGGUCUACAACAGAGAGCAUGCGACUCGUUUACAGAGAAGAUGUCAUAAACCACCCAGGAACAGUAUCGCUCCUGGAUACACAGUGGAUCGAUGAAGGGUUGGUUCAACGCUGGAUAGAAAUCUGCGACGAGACACAUGGAGAGAAGUGUAAGACAAUACCGCUUUGGAGGAGUGAGGAUGCUAUUCGACCUACGUAUCUUGUCGACACCGUUUGUGGUUGCCUCGUUCUCGGAUCAGGUGUCGAUGCCGAGUAUGUUGCACUCAGCUAUCAAUGGGGCCAAACAAAAACACUUCGAAACACGACCGAUAUUUGUGAUCAACUCCUUAUACCAGGCGCAAUUUUUGUAGGAGAGCUCGCAUUACAUGUCCCGCAAACGAUCCGGGAUGCAUUUGCUGUGGUUCGACACUUAGGCCAAAGAUAUCUAUGGUGUGACGCACUCUGCAUCCAACAGGAUAAUCCUACUCAGCUGCUGUCCGAACUGGGGCAGAUGCACCGGAUCUAUGCCUGCGCCAGCUUUACUAUAAUUGCUGCUGACGGUGUAGAUGCCAACUACGGACUACGUGGUUUCAAAGGUCUGACUGCACCUAGGAAAGUCUGGCAGACUCCAAUCCAGUUGGCGGGCCUAGAACAAAUCAUGACGGCCGUCCCAACACGAGAAUUUAGGGAGGCACAUGGGCCCUCGUCGUACUAUGAAAGAGCAUGGACGUAUCAAGAGAACUUGUUUUCAAAGCGUAGGUUAAUUUUCGAAAAUGGGAUUAUCCAAUGGCGAUGUCAGUGCGUACAUUGGUUCGAGGAUAUCGUCGCGAAGAAGAACAGUGCCAAUGGACCACUCGUGAAUCUCAACGAUCGAUGGCUGCACUCACCAAUCCCUACGCUCGAUACAAUGAACAGUUUAAUCAUGAGCUUCAAUCAAAAGAUUCUCACACAUCCAGAAGACGCUUUUGCUGCAUUCGCCGGGACGCAGACCUUUCUGCAUCGCACUCAUCAGUUCGGGCUGAUCUUCGGGCAUCCUGAAUUCUACUUCGACAUAACAUUGAGUUGGAUGCCUGUCUACCCAGUUACGAAACGAAAGGCACGGAAGACACCGCAUUCAGAUACGGCGUCAUACUGUCUGCCAAGUUGGUCUUGGAUCAAAUGGGCAGGGGUUGUACAUUUACCAUGGGACUCCGAAUUCAGUGUGCAUGUAACUGGCAUAACCGAUAUCGAUGGUUUCACAGACCCCGUUGCUGAGUGGUUCACGAUGGAGUCGUCAACGGCAAUUGAAAGGAGACCAAUAAAAUCUGCCUGGCAUAAACACAAGACACUGGCGCAAGAUAAGACUAGUACUCUUCCUGAUGGAUGGAGACGAGUCGAUAGUGGACCAGAGCUGGAGAAAAUGCGUGUGAAUGAUUACAGUAACGAUUCGUUUCCUCUAAAUAUCCCAAGUUCUUGCUUCAAGCACUCAAGCAAUCCUGACAGGUUUUACUGGUACCCUGUCCCGGUUUUUGACUCCAUAUGCGAAGACGACAUGAAGCCUCUACCACAAACAUCUUACAUUUUCGCCCAGACCAGUAGGGCAGUUCUCUACGGAGGCAAGGCAAUUGAACGGAUUUACGAUGAUGAUGCGCCCUCAAUCCAGAUCACCAACAUCAGAGGGCACCAUGUUGGAUGUUUGAUCCUCAACAACAACAGUGAUUUACGUGCUUUCGAUAAAGCAGAGGAACUCAAUUCGCAUAAGCAAGUCGAACUUGUGGCAACUUGUAAAGGCUACACAGGAAGGAUAUUCGAUUACGAGCUUGCCAAAGCUAGCGGGAAGGUACCUUGGGAAACACAACGGAAAGACUGCUACUAUGUGCUUUGGAUUGAGUGGGUGGACAGUGUCGCAUAUCGGAGAGGUUGUGGAGUCGUCGUAGCAGAAGUUUGGGAACAAGUGAGGGAGAAAGAGCUUGUGGAUUUAAUUCUAGGUUGA